UUUGCAAUGCCACCCUGUUUCCAUUCCUCAAGCGCGCUUAGCUUUGCCGGCAUCCAAGAUGGAAGGAAAGACGAUCUUCGCAUCUCACAUGCCGGCCACCGCUUCGCCAUCGCCGCGGACCACUGGUGUGCCGCCACUGCCGAAUGAGGAAAGGGUGAUGAUGUAUUCCGCCAAGAUGGACGAUAUGGUGAUCGCAGAGACUUACAAGCAUGUCCCAUUUAGAUCGCGAAAACAGAGAAGAUUGCCAAGAGGUGGUGCAGGUGAUGCAACUUCACUUAUAGAAAUGGAGUCUUCAAAACCAGAGAACAAAACUUCCAUAGUCAUCCAUGGCAAAAGUACUCGUGUGUAUAGAACAGAUGUUUCCUCUUUUAAAGCGCUCGUCCAACAAUUGACUGGCAAUACAUCCAGCAGUCCUAUUCCCAGACCUGAAAACAUCUCUGAUGUUACGAGCGCUAAAACAGAUGACUCUGCCAUUACCAAUGUCAAUACUUGUGACCAGAAGGGGUUCUCAGUAGCCUUUUCACCUUUGCGUAAUAUGGAGAUCGAAGGAGGAGUAAGGGAUACUCAAGAAGAGAUUAUUGGAAGAGUAGACAAUAAGCAUGAGGAGAUCACAGGAAGAGUAGACAAUAAGUAUGAAGGGAUCUUCGAUAGAGCUUCUGACAAGCAUGCGAUCAUGGAACUCAUUUUGUCACAUGACCCCGGCAACAAACGUUUUACUACCGUCUGCAUCGUAGGUGCUGAAGGUCUCGGCAAGACAGCUCUGGCUUCUCUUGUUUACUGUGACGACACUAUGCGCAGAACCUUUGAUGCAAGGGCAUGGCUGUGCUUAUCUGAUGCAUGUGAUUAUGAGGGAUUACUCAGAUCUGUCGUGGCAUCUCUUACUGGUGUCUCAUGCAGGAUCAGCGAGCGAGAGGGACUUGAGGAGGUAUUGGAAGAAGAGCUCAUGGGAAAGACGUUCUUGCUUGUCUGGGCUAAUUUGCAUGAGAAUAAUGUUGAUGUCUGCAGGCAUCUCCUUCCUUUGUUGAGCGUUGGUGACAAGGGAAGUGCGGUCAUGGUUACCACAAGCAGCAAUAUGGUUGCUGGGCACCUUGGCACAGCACAUACUUACAAUUUGAAGCCUUUCAGGCACGACGUCUUCCUGAACAUGGCCAAGCCCGAUUUUGUAGAAUACUCCCCCCUGAAAAGAAUCAUUAGCAAAAUUAUUUCGGAGUGUUCGGGCUUUCCAAUAUUUGCUAAGGUAAUUCGUGGCAUUUUGUACUCAGCUUCCACUCAGGUAUGUCUUGAUGAUAUUGUUGGUCGUAAGUUGACAGAGAUCUUGAGCAAACCAUAUAGCCACCUACACCAUCUGUUAUAUCUCAGUUAUAGCUGCUUGCAUCCAAAUCAGAAGAGGCGCCUUUUAUACUGCUCAAUGUUUCCAAGAGACUAUACCUACAACAGAGAGAAGUUGCUUAGGCUUUGGAUGUCGCAAGGAUUUAUUGUACCAGAGAAGGAAAAGCACAGACAUGAUAACUGCAAUGAUGCCUUCGAUGAGUUGUUGUUCAGGUCAUUCUUCGAUUAUUCGCCGUCAAGUGAGCUCAGAGAACAAAAGUAUGUGAUGUCUGAGCUGUCUUCCCAUCUUGCAUGGUCUGCUUCUGGUAAUUCUGGUAAUAAAUUCUUCAGAGCACAUGAUCAUGAGUUACAUUGCAUACCAAAAGAUGUUCAUCAUUUAUCAGUUAUCCCCAAACACUGUGAUUCUGAAAUAUACUUCAGCUCUUUCACAGAACUUAGAGAUUUGAGCACGUUUUUACUUGUAUGUAACUCUCAGUUCGAAUCUAGUGAUAGUCAGUUCCAUAUUAUGGAUGUUAAGGCACUUGGUGAGUGCUUUCAUAAUUUCAAAUGCUUGAAGACUUUGGAUUUGAGUCAUACAGACAUGAAAGAGCUUCCAGAAUCAGUUGGUUACAUAACUUCCUUGUGCUUUCUUGGACUAAAUAACACAAACAUCAGAAGGCUUCCGAAUUCCGUAUGCAACCUUUUCAACUUGCAAACUUUGGAGCUACAAAAUUCAGCUUAUCUGGUGGAGCUGCCCAAUGAUAUCAAGAAUUUGACUAGCCUCUGUCAUCUUGAUGCUUCUAAAGAGCAUGGUGAAAUUUAUGUUCCUCCUGGAAUUGGGCAACUAACAAAUCUCUGGACUUUGACAACAUUUACUGUAGGAGGUGUUUCAUGGGAUUGCAAAGUUUCGGAACUAGCAUAUUUGAAUAGCCUGAAGGGAUGUCUCCACAUCCGGAGUCUGAAUAAUGUUAAAAAUGCAGAGGAUGCAAGGGGAGCUUGCCUAGCUGCAAAGAAGCUCAAGAACUUAUCGCUAGAGUGGUGCAAGAGAGGAGAAGAUGUUGAAAGCAACGACAGCAUAUUUGUUGCAGAAGAGGUUCUUGAAGCACUUGAACCCCAUAUUCUACUGAGAGAGCUGAAUAUAAAAGGUUACUAUGGCCUGAAAUUCCCUAGCUGGAUAGGAAAUCAUUCACAGUCUAACCUAGACUCCAUCACACUUGAUAAUUGCUAUGAUUGUGAGAAGCUCCCACCUCUCGGUGUGCUUCCAGCCCUCAGAUGCUUGUUCAUUCAAAAUCUUAGAAGAGUUCAACUAAUAAGUUAUGAAUUUUGUGCCACCGACAACAUCAGUCACAAGAGCUUCCCAAAGCUAGAGAUACUGAAGCUGCGUGAUAUGUACAAUCUAGAGUGUUGGCAUGAUGUGAUGGAUGGAGAUUUCCCUUCGCUUCGCAGCUUGUCAAUCGAGAGGUGUCCAAAGUUAAAGUCCAUUCCUUGUUUCCAAUUCAUAUCCGAUAUCUCAAUUAUGUCUUGCAGCAAGUUGAACCUGCCUGGCCUGCAGUCUCUUCAGACCUUGAAAGUUGGUGACCUGAGACGGCGGAUGUCCUUUUCCCUCUCAUGUGAACUGCGCUCACUUCUGAUGCUAGAGGUUAUAUGUUGUGAACAUCUUUGUUCGGUGGAUGGCCUCAGCUGCCUGCAGUCACUAAAGCAUCUCAAAUUUAGAACUUGCCCGAGGCUCAACUUCGUUCAAGAUGAGCCACUUCCUGAUACUCUUGAAACUGUCGAUAUCCACAGCAACUGCUAUGCGCUCAGCAAAUGGCGGCCAAAUGGAUUUGAGGAGUUGCCUGAUGCGAGUGAGGUAUACCGGAAGUUCGUCAGGCGGAAAUGCGAGGGCAAACGAGUUGAUGAUGCAGUGAUGCAAGGAGCCAUGAGUCAUAAGCCAUGAAGGAACACGGUGACAAUGUUAUUGGCGCUCUCACGGUUAUCUGAAGGACUCGAGAAGGUGGCGAUGGAGGCCUUAUGCAGAGCACGGGGUCGAUGCGAAUUCUGAACUAGCUUCUGUUUCCGAUGCUGAAGAACUCCGUUCUGUUCGUCCUGUGUUUUUUUUUUUCAGUCAGUCUUGUGGGUGUCUAGACCGCUGUCUUGCAGGGCCAGUUUGAGUUUCCUGCCCUCUAUUUGUUGCAUCUCGACGGUUCCGGAUUUUCAUCUUUGUUGAUGCAGUGUUAUCCUAAUCUGAUCUUAGGUAUUCAGCACCUAUCUGUGUUGCUGACUCAUGACUAUGAUGUUAGGUAUUUCAUUUUUCAGAGGUAUUUACUGAUUAAGUUUCUGUAGGCAAGAGUUUCUUCCGGUUUAUUAUAUGUUAGAGGUGGGGACAAUAGAGUUUUUUUUAUAAGCACGAGUGAUUAUGUAGUUAUAAAUUUCAAGUUU